AUAGUAGUGUGACGUUCUGCUUUGGUGCACACAGACGCGUUUAUCACAUAGACGUUCACUCCGCAAAAGUUGUAACUUCAGACGAUCGUUUCCAAAUUAUAAUCACAAAAUAUAAUUUGCAAAAACGUAUCAGUUUAUUUUAUUAUUAUUGUAAUAAUAAAGUGAUAAUAAUAAUAACGUCGCGUUUCGAUAUAACCUGUUUCUUAAUUCUUGGAACCGUGCAUGCUGUGAUCGAGACGAGACCUUGAUAACUAGUUCCUUGGACGAGCGAAGAGACAGUUAUUAUAGGAUCAUGUUCGAAGAGGUACGUCUUUAGUUUACGUUUCGCAAAGUUUAUCGUGCGUGUUUACUUCGAUAGUUCUAUUAUUAAGUGAGGUUGAGUGAGUUCAAAGUUCGAUUACAGACUUAAUCAGCAAAGUGCAAAACGGCCAGUGUUAUGACGUUAAAAUAAAUGUGUUCGUCUGAAGGACCGCUGUGAGGUGUCCGUGGACGAGACACGUUCGUAAAACGUGCGAUGGACAACAGCGGAGAGGGCGCUCUGCCUGUAGAGCAAGUGGUCGGCGAACAGCCACCCAACCUGAAUAUUAGUGAUGUCAUCGACGCGAUAUCGAGGGCGGACCCGCUGUUCGGCGCGGGCGUAGAGAUGCCGCGACCGCCGGCGCCCCACGCGGGGCAGCCCUUCGUUCGGAUCGUCGAGCAGCCAGCCAGCAAGGCCUUGAGGUUCCGAUACGAAUGUGAGGGCCGGUCAGCUGGUUCGAUUCCUGGCGUGAACAGCACGCCGGAGAGGAAAACUUACCCCACGAUAGAGAUAUGUGGACACAAAGGACCGGCUAUCGUCGUCGUGUCCUGCGUCACGAGAGAGGAGCCCUACAAACCGCAUCCCCACAACUUGGUUGGUCGGGAGCGAUGCGAGAAUGGAGUUUGCACCGUCAAAACGACAAUCAACGAGGAGAACCCGCAGGUCUCCUUCAGCAACCUCGGCAUACAGUGCGUCAAGCGGAAAGACAUCGCAGACGCGCUCAAGACUAGAGAGAGGCUCCGAGUGGAUCCCUUCAGAACGGGCUACAACCACCGGAAUCAACCACAAAGCAUCGACCUGAAUGCAGUGAGACUUUGCUUCCAAGUCUUCAUCCACGAUGAAAGGACCGGGAAGAUACGACUCUCGCUGCCUCCCGUGGUCUCAGAUGUCAUCUACGACAAGAAGGCUAUGAGUGAUCUCGUCAUCAUGCGGCUCAGUCAGUGCUCCGAUUUCCAUAAAGGAGGAACCGAACUGAUACUUCUCUGUGAAAAGGUGACGCGUGAGGACAUCGCCGUGGUGUUCUUCCAGAAGGAGGGCGAGCACGUGGUGUGGGAGGAGAGCGCCAACAUCGUGCUCGUGCACAGGCAGGUCGCCAUCGCCUUCCACACGCCGCCCUACCGCGACCCCAGCGAGCGGCGACAUGUGCAGGUGUACCUGCAGCUGAAGAGGACAUCAGACAACGCAAGAAGCAACGCCGUACCCUUCGAAUACAUCCCCGAAUACCAAGAUACGAGUUAUUUAAAGCAUAAGAGAUUGAAGACGUUAUCGCCGUCUGUCGCGCAUCAGACUUACGAGCAAGACAGAUACGGAAACGACCAACACAUCAAGUCGGAGCCAAGAGAUAAAACUCCACCACACCAAAUGAACAGUCCGCUGAGAGUGUUCUCGCCGCCCUACGAAAAUGAACAAAUUCAAGAAAACCCCUAUCAGUGGGGUAUGCAAGGGAUGUCCAUCGCUGGGCCCAGUCACGUGAGCUACGGGCAGGACAUGCAGUGGAGCCCUAGCUACGUGCAGCUGUCCUCCAGCAUGCAGUCGCAUUCGCCGAACAUGUCGCCCAACUUACAAAUGACUAAUCUUCAGAACAUUCAGCCGAAUUUGCAAACCCUCUCGCCGAAUAUGCAAUCGAUGCCACCCAUGUCCCCCAACAUGCAAAUGUCCCCGAUGGGACAAGUGAUGCCGUCCAUGGGCAGGAUCUCCCCGAUGACUCACGGCGGGAUGUCCCCGAACAUGGGGCAGAUGUCGCCGAGCAUGGGGCACGUCUCGCCCGGCAUGGGGCAUAUCUCUCCUAAUUUAAUGCAGCAGCAGCAACAGCAGCAACAGCGGCAGGAGCUGGUGGCGGCGCCGGCCGGCGACUCGGCGUCGCUGUCGGGGCUGCUGCUGGACCGCGGCGACGUGAUGCCGCAGCUCAACUCGGGCGAGCUGUCGGGCCUGUCGUCGCUGCUGGAGCGCGGGCCCGACCUCAGCGACAGCCUCAACCGCCUCUCCACCAGCGACCUGCUGCACUGACGCGCCGCUCAAAUUAACGCCGAGCGUUCCAAUACCGCCUCUAUUGGAUUAGAGAUGACUAUUCGGAUAUACUUUUAUGUCAACUGAAGAUAAACAAUAAUGAGCGAAAAAAAAUAUUGUUAUUUGAUAAGGAAGUGCGCUAAAUCUCAACUGGAAACAUUUUAAAAACGAGUAUCACAAAAAAUGCAUAAUAGUAAGUCUUUUUGUAAUUUUAAUUAAUUAAUGUUUUUUAUUAACCAAAAAACACAUUGACGGGCGAAACGCUACGUUUUAUGUGUGUUUGUAAAUUGCAUCAAUUUAAUAUAAUGUCUCUCAUAUAGUAACUUUUCGUUUAAAAUAACUUUAUUUAUGUUUUUCGUUAAUAGAUAUAUAUAUUACUUUUAACGAUUAAAAAAAAAUAAACAAAAAAAAUUUAAGUCUUAAUAUAGUCUUCCAAUAAACUAAAAGUUAUAUAAAGUAAUAAUAAAGACAACAUAUCAAAUUAAAGUACAGUUUCUAAAAAAGAGACAAAUCACUUUGAAUUAUAAUAAACCUAUGAAAAAGUAUACAUACAUAUAUAUAUUUUAAAUAUUUUAUUUAUUAACUACUUGUGCUAUUUUGUCCGUAUAUUAGCAAAUACGUUUGUAAAAUAAUAUGAUUUCGAUUGAAUAAUGAUUUACCUCAGCAAGAUCAUUGUUUCAUUUUAUUUGCAUAGAAAUAAAUUAUUACUACUUCUUCAACAUCAGGUGAACAUAAUAUAUGAACUAAUCCGAGUUUAUUUUGGAUACUGAUCCCGGAACACUCGACGUGUUUCGGGAAGACCAUUGACAUUAUCACGGAGCAAUUGCGUUGAAAUCUUAACUACGUCAAAUUUAGAAAUAAAAUAUUUAAAAAAAUGAACCUCUAAAGCCAAUCGAAAUUUUUAUUGAUUAAAUUUCAAUGUAUCUUUCUUAUUGUAUUUGCUGACGUUUAAAGAGAUUGCUAUUUUUGUGAAUUUUAUGAGAUAUAAUUUACUGUUUAUUUUUGUUAUAGUUUGUUGAGUUAAGUGUAGCAAAUAAGGUUAUUUGAUAAAAAACUAUGAAUUGUUACCAAAUAUUGAAGUGUUUAUGAAUUGUAAAAUAUUUUUAACAAAUUUCCCUCAGCUUCUGGUCAUGUAUUUUUUUAAUUAAAACCGUUAUUGUCCGCUUAUCGUUUAUUAGUAGGCAGGCUUCAAUGAAAUAAAACAUCACAACAUACAUAUAUAUAUACCAUAAAUAGCAACUGAAGACAACCCUUCAGGUGAUUGUGAUAUACUUACGACAUUACUUCCAUUUUUUGGUUUUAUUUUUGCCACACAUCACAGUAGAUUUUUUAACGUGCAAUAAUAUAAGUUCGCAUUUAAUGUGUUAAGAAAAAAUGUUGUCAUCUUUAAAAUUAAAUAAUUGACAAUA